AUGCAUUCAACAAGCAUUUACAUCAUAUACCUUAUUUGCAUUACCCUAUUAGUAGUUGAAAGAGCUCACUGUGCUGAGCAUAACUCCGGUCAACAUGAUGACGAAGAACUUUUGUCCGGAAUUAUAGAAGAACAUAAUGACGAUAGCAAUAAUACUAAUAAUCAUGAUGAGGAUAAACUCGAUGAACAUAAUCAUAGUGGACAUCAUAAAGGAUAUCGUCAUCAUACAAAAACUAGACGACAUAUACAUCGAAAAAUGUUUCCAUGGAAUUUUCGAUUUACUCGACCUAAAUCGCAAGAGAUUUAUGUAUUCAAUACAGAACGUUAUAGUAAUUGGUCAGAAUGGAAAGAAUGUCUACCAAUGGAAUGCAUUGAGAUCCGUUAUCGUAAAUGUUUGGAUGAUUCUUGGAAGACUUUAUCACCAAAUCUUAUUCAUACAACAAGAUGUAUAUCUAAGUAUUAUGCAGAAAAGCGUAUCUGUUUAAAUAAAACACAGUGUAAUGCAUAUACUGGUGAUCAAAUUCUCAAAAAUUUGUCGGAUACAUGUGGUAUACGUCAACAUGAUAGCGUAAUUAUGCCAAAAAUACUUGGUGGUAAACCAGUUGAACCCCAUUCAUGGCCAUGGGCGGUUCGUUUAUCUGUGAAAUUACCUCGUCGAAGAUCAGUCACCUUCUGUGGUGGAACACUGAUUGCUCCUCAGUGGAUUCUUACAGCAGCACAUUGUGUCCUUGUUGAAAAUAAGCAUAUACCAGUUGGAAAACCUGUUCUACUAGCAGAUCAUAUGAAAAGUACAAUCUAUGCUCAUUUAGGUGAUCAUGAUCGGGUGAAACAAGAAGAUGCACAAGUUGAUUAUCGUGUCACUGUUGCUAUACUUCAUUCAAAUUAUCAUAGAAAAUUACAAACAGAUGGAUAUGAUAUAGCAUUGUUACGUAUUUCAGAACCUGUUAAAACAAAGCCUGAAAUUGAUUUUGCAUGCUUACCACCAAAAGAUUUGACCUUGAAACCAAACUCCAAAUGUUAUGCAGUUGGAUGGGGUAGUAAUAAAGGUGCUAAAGUUCCAACAUUUGAUAAUUUACACAGUAUCCUUCAAUCAUUAUUUGUACCAUUUCCAAGUUUAUUUAGUUCACCGUUUACAUUUGGCAGAAACUCAAAUUUAUGGCAUUUAAAAGGACUUGAAGCAGAAGAAUCGUCUAAAGAAUUACAUGAAGUUGAAUUGCCAAUAGUCCCAAUAGAAGAAUGUCGUAGACAUUAUGCAGAUAUCAGUUCAAAAGUUCAUAUUUGUGCAGGUGCUAGAAAUAAGGAUACAUGUGCAGGUGACAGUGGUGGUGGUCUAUAUUGUCAACUAGGAGAUUCUAAUCAAUGGUAUGUUGUUGGUGUAACAAGUUUUGGUCUAGCACGUGGUUGUGGUUUAAAUCCUGGAGUUUACACAUCAACUUCAUCUCAUUUGGAUUGGUUAUCUAAACAAUUAGCAACAAAAGUAUUUUAA